UGGAAACAGGGAGCUGUCUCAUUUCACUGAGAGGAAAAGUCUUAGUCACAAAGUGCUGUAGUGAUCAUUUCUAUUGUUUCUGUGGUUUCUGGGCAGGUAUAAAAGAAGGUGAAAGGCACUUGCUGUAAUUGCAACUGGAACAUCACAAGAAGACUGGCAAGUAGACACAUCUGUGCAGAUCAGGACUUCACCACAAUCUCUGCAAGAUCAACAGUGAACGAAUGACAAGAGAAAGAAAGAUUUUGGGUCAUACUAUCAACUUCUUGUCCUGUUGAUCAGAUUUGAAGAAGAGAUAACAUGUUCCUGCCCCAGAGAUCUCUGCAGAUGGUUAAAUUUUUGGCAAUUAUUUUUUUUGCCUGUUUUGCGACAUCUCAAGACACUGAAAAUAAAAGAGCAGUGACAGAGCAUCAGCUCAUGCAUGACAAAGGGAGGGCAUUUCAAGGGCUGAAGCGCCUGAUGUGGCUCCACAAUGCUCUAGGUAGUGUGCACACAGCCAGCAGCAGGGAUAUUUCACUUUCAGAUGCCAUGUGGGAUUCACAGAAGAGCCAAGAUACUUCAGAUCUCUAUGACAGCAUCGGCAGUGAUGAGGCUUCAAGCCUGAUGAAGCAGCUGCUUGAACUGAUAGGAAAUGAGCAAGGCUUCCCGCCGUUGAAGAAGCUGGAUUUGCUGCAGUAUAUGAAGACCCCAAAGGGGGGGCAAGCUUUUGCCAGGCCACAGAGGCAGCUGAUCCCAUCAUUCCAAGCCUAAGCACAAGACAUUCACCUUCUUCUGCUGGUGAAAGGGAUGAGAAUCAGCUUCCAGAUUCCAUAUUUGAGCCUUUAAAUUGAAGACUUUCUACCUUUUCCCUGUCCCUGUGAAAACCCUUCCAAGAGCUCCCACAGCGUAUUACAUUUUCUGGGCAGAAAAACAACUUUUGAUGCGACCUGCAUUACCUGAAGGAGAAACAGAUAGCACACGAUUCUAUUUUGCUAUUCACCUUUAAUGUCAAAGUGACCAACUCUGCCUAAGCAAGGCAAAUUCCAGUUUAACCGCAAAAUCAGUCUUUCAGAAAUGAAAUCUGUCAAUUGUGUUACAAACAUAUCUGCAUUUCAAUUACAUAGGGAUUAUACACACCAUUUUAAGUCUUGAAAUUCCUCUGCUGCUGAUGGACUUCAACUGCAUAUGCAGAGGGUAUUUCUCAGUGAUAGAUUUAAACCCCAAGAACUCCUUGAUGUUGUCAAAUAAUAAAAACCUU